CCAGUAACUCUGACCGUCAUCUGCGCGGUCACUGUGGAUGCCACGAGGGAACGCUUGUGGAUUGUACCUGUAGAAAACAACAUUUCUUGUUUCAAUGUAUUUCUCUCAGGAAUAUAGUAAUGUGGAGACUCCUGUUGUGGAUGCUUUUGACAGCCAGCGUGCACCAGGCCAGGUCCCACAACUCCACAGACUCUCCUCUUGUGACCACAGAUUUGGACCCUUAUAACCGAAAUCGAUACUGCAAUUGGCCCUGUAAGUGCCCCAAGAGUGCCCCUGUUUGCCCAUAUGGGGUUAGCCUGUUGACAGAUGGAUGUGACUGCUGCAAGGCAUGUGCCAAGCAGGUGGGGGAAACCUGUAAUGAGAGAGAUACCUGUGACUAUCAUAAAGGACUUUACUGUGACUACAGCGCUGACAAGCCGAGGUACGAAAAAGGAGUGUGUGCAUAUGUUAUGGGAACAGGCUGCGAAUAUAACGGUGUGAUUUACCGUAAUGGCCAAAGUUUCCAGCCCAAUUGUAAGUACCGCUGUCUGUGUGUGAAUGGGGCAAUUGGAUGUGUGUCUCUCUGCACCGAGUCCCUGCCACCCCGGGUCUGGUGUCAGUCGGCCAAGCGAGUGAAGAUCACAGGCCAAUGUUGUGAGAAAUGGAUCUGCGAAGAGUCCCGUAAACCACGCAAGACCAACCCCAGACACGCCCCUGAGGAGGAGUCCCUCACCACUAAUGAUAUUUGGCAUAAAAAUUGCGUUACCCAGACUACCCCAUGGAGUCCCUGCUCAAAGACCUGUGGCCGGGGCACAUCAUUGCGCAUUUCUAACGACAAUGCUGGCUGUGUGAUGGAGAAAGAGACCCGACUGUGUAACCUCCGACCUUGUGAGGUCGACAUCACCAAGCACUUUAGACCGGGUAAAAAGUGCCUGAACAUUUACCGUGAGCCAGAGUUUCAGUACUUCACCAUCUCAGGCUGCAUCAGUAAGAAGGCGUAUUGGCCCAAGUACUGUGGAAUCUGUACUGAUGAGCGCUGCUGCAUCCCCUACAAGUCUAAGACCAUUGAGGUGGAGUUUGAGUGUCCAAAUGGAUCAGUUCUUACUUGGAAAUACAUGUGGAUCAACGCGUGUUUUUGCAACCUCUCCUGCAGGAAUCCAAACGAUAUCUUCGCAGAUCUGGAGCAAUACUAUGAGUUCAAUGAGAUUGUUAACUAAUUAACCGAGAGCCAGAUGCAAUCUUUUUUAUGGCAUCCUUGCACUCACAUUUGUAGUCUAUGAAAAGCGUCCAUGCUCACAGUGGGACACAGAAACAGGGAUGCUUUUUGAAAGGUUCACUGUUGAUGAGAAAUCAUAUCGGAUGGUUUAUGAAUGAAAAUUAGCACAGUUACUCAUAUUGAGAUGGAUUGUGAGGGGAAGGUUAGUUCAGAAUGAGGGACAUUAUGUACAAGAUUUCUAAUGGAUUUAUGAGGGACAAAACAUUUGAAAUUUAAGAUGUUCUGUUGACUUCCCGCUACAAAUCUGUGCAAAGUUAGAAAGAAAAUCACUUUUUGUAUUUUACGGAAAAUGUA